CGUUCAUCCAUCUUUGACUAACAGCAAAUGCAGACAUGCGCUGUUAGACUGAAGAUGACCUUGUUUGGGCGAGUGGUCAUCCGAGAAACUUGACCUAGCCCUCACAGUACUUAUAUGCUGAGCAUUGCUCGCUCUCGAUAAGAAGAAAACGACACCACAGUUGUUAUUACUUCACCAUACCUAUGAGCAGCAUUCAAAUCUCUGCUGAAGUGCCUCAAUAAAAUGUACUACAAGAUAAUUGCCGCCGUCUUGGCCGGAGUCGGUGUUGCCGUUGCUCAGCGUCCGACUGACACAUCCAUCUGCGACUACUACACGACAGCAUUGCUGAAGAACAACACGGCCGAAAACCAAUACACCCUACUCAACCUUUUGGUCAACACUGUUGUUAUUGGAAACUACACGAUGCCCAACGUGGGGGUGAAGGUGCCCGGAAUUCUGGCAUCAGGCACGUACAACGGCGCAGAAGUUAACCUCCUCCCUUAUUUCAAUGGCCAGCUUGCCUCCUCAAACAGGGGUGGCAGCUCUGGCGUGUCCGUCAACUUCCUGGACGGUGGUGGCGCAGCACCUUUGAUGAAGAACAUGCCUGCGAACGACGACAAGUCCAAGCAAUACUUUCUCCUUACCCACCUUUACCAAUUCUUUGGUGCUCUUCUCGGCUGCUCCCAGUAUGGGAUGACCGGAUUCCCCCGAUACGCCGGCUUUGCGUCCAUGUAUGAGGUUCACAAGUUCAUGGAUCUUGACGAAAACGAGCUGGGCUACUUCAUCCAGCAGGUUGCCCUUGCCGGUGCUUCCUUUGGUGUAGCCCAGAACGACCUCGAGGCCGUCGGUAUGGCGCUGAACCAGCUCUUUGGCCUGCGCUGUAGCCCUGCUACUACGGCCAUCCCAGAGCAGGGCUCUCAAUUGCAGGCUAUCUGCAUUGCUGACAGCUGUCCCAUCUCUCCUAAUUCUACAUGUGCCAGCUACCAACCGGCGGUUGCGCCCAAGAAUGCAACAGGAGUCGAGACAAACGCCACCAUGACUGGAUCAAACCCAACUGCGACAACAACCCCGAGCACGAUACCGACAGCUGGUGCAGCUACUCAGAGUAUCAGCUUGGCAUUUAUCAUUGGGCUUAUUGCCUGUCUUGUUUGAAAGGCACUGUGUUUCCAUGUUUGACAGAGGGACUUGUUUUCUUGAGGUUCAGAUUGGAUCCAUUUUGUAAGCAGGAGAUCGUUCGUAAGCCUUGUAUUGUUUUGUAGCUUAUCAUGUUGGAGCUUUUGUCUGAAUAGUUCCCACCGACCCUUUAGGACCUAAACUCGUAAAACGCCAGCCCAGAAAGAACUCUUCAUUAGAGCCAAAUCCCAAGCUACAGAAUCAUCCUUCGAUUCAUAUCUCCAAUGUAAUUCAGACCUUACCAAGCCUUUGAGUGCUUGCAACCGCAGUCAGCC